AUGAAAGGAACAACAUGCUCUUUACCAAGAACAACUUGUAUUUCACUACCAGACAGCUGCAUAAAAUAUAUAUUUGAAUAUUCAGAAGAUGAUAUGAACUCAUCACAUUUAUGUUUAUUGGUGAAUCGAGUAUGGUGCACAUGGGCAGUUGGAAUCUUAUGGAGAGACACUGAAAGAUAUCUUGAUCCACUGACUGAUUCAAAACGUGGUGCUAAACUUUUCUCAACACUAUUGAGAUCAUUGAUAGCUCAUGCAGGGAAAGAAUUUUUACCAAAUGAUGGCACAAUUAUUUUAGAAGAUAUUUAUCAUCUACCAUUACCAAUUUUUAAUUAUCCAAGUUUUAUUCGAGUGCUUUCAGCUUUUCAUCUGGAUUGGGUAUUUGAUUGUGGAACUAGGGAAUGUUUUUCACAAAUUUAUGAGUUACAUUGUGAUAACAUAGCAUUAUCACAUUUAUAUUAUCAUUUAGCAUCAAUGUGCUCUAAUGAACUUUUCAUUAAUGAAAAUGAUCAUGGUAGUCUUAUUAUUAGGAAAUUGGUAAUUAAAGAUUUAAAAAGUGAUAAUUGGGGAUUGGCAUAUUUGAUUUCUUUACAAAAAUAUUUAGAAUGUGUGGUAUAUGGUUCUGUUUAUAAUAUUGUUAAUUUAGAACUACACAAAGAAAUCAGUAAAGCAUUAAUUAAAGUUUCAAGUUCUAUAAAAUAUUUUACUCUUACUGGAGGAUUGUUAUGUUUGCCACCAGAAACAAUUGGUCAUUUUUCAAACCUGGUAGUAUUGGAGAUUUUGGUGAAUGAUAAUAUAGAAGACCUUUUCCGAGAUAUGUGUAUGUCAGCCACUUUUAAAGGACUGGAAAUACUUAGGAUUGGAAGUAAAUUGCCAUCUUUGAAUGUUCUUACUCAAUACUGUUAUCAAAGUUUGCAUUACCUAGCUACUUCAAUUUCUGAUGUCAAAGAUGUAAGGCAAAUUUUGGUAUCAUGUGAACAACUUGAGGGACUAUAUUUGGAUAGUUAUGAAAGGAAGAUUGACUCUGAAGAACUUUUUCAAAUUCUAGUAAACCAUUAUCCAGCAAAAUUUCAAAAUUAUGUCUAUUCAACAAAUGGGAUUUAUCCAAAACUUCUUUAA